AUGAAUGUAAAAAAUUAUAUAUUACGUAAACUUAUUGGUGACUCUUCAAAUAUAUUGACAGUUGAAUAAGUCUAGAGAAUACUUGAAUCAUAAAAGGAUGAUGAUAGAAUUUUUAGGUAAAAUUACAUAUGCGAAAUAGAGCAAUUAUUAAUUCAUCAUUAUCCAAUUAAAAACUAUAGACAACUAAUUAAGAAUUCCUUAUUAAUUCUUCAACCGAUUUUGGUAAUCUAUUGUUGAAAUAAUUGCAAUCAAGUUUAGUAUAUAUACUAAUCCAUAUUAACAUUUUAGUAAUCCAUAAAAUCAAAGAAUUCACUUUUAUCCUUAGACCAGUUUCCUAUAGACAUCAAUUAAUUUAACAAUGAUAUUUCACAAACUGAUUUAAUAAAAUAAUAACUUUAACACAUUUAUCGAUUAUACAAAGCUACUAUUCGAUAAAAUGGUGAUGGAUUAAAAGAAACUUUAAAUUACCUUGAAAAUUUAACUCAAGCAGAGUUAAUAAUCGAAUCUUAAUUUGCAUAACAAUGUAUUUUAAAAGCACCAUUAUACAUCUAAGGAAUUGAUUAAAUUAAUUUAUGGUGUGAUAAAAGCACUUCUUUGUAUUAAACUGUAAUCUCAACUAGAUAGUUAUUGUAAUUUAAUAAAAGUAAAUCAUUAAAAAAAUAAUUGCAAAUUGUUGAAAAAUACAAAGCAAUAUAAAGAAUUAAAUAUACAUUAGAAAAAUUAAUGAUUCUAAAAUAGACAUUCGGAUCGUUAGCUUAAGCAAUGAAUAAAUAUGAUGAUAAUGCAUAUGAAAUCAUACCUAUUAUGAAAGAAACAUAAAAUAAGAUUAAUAAGUAUAAAUUAAAUGAAUUGAAUCUAUCAUGUAUAAGUGAUAACUUUUUUGACAAUAAAAUAGAAUUUUUGAAAGAAAGAAUCAAAUAAGGUAUUUUGGCUAAUUUUAUGAAAUUUGAUGAAAAAAAAUAUUUAUCCUUGUUGAAGAGUUAUUAUUUCAUAGAAAAACAUUAUUAGAUGUAAUCUUAUUUAACUUAAAUUUGGGCUUUAGCAAAAAAGAGUAUAAAUAUAACUUUUAAAAAUGCCAUAAAACUAUUUGAGUAAUCAUAUAUUCCUAAUAAAAUUUAUUAAAACUGUUAAGAUGAAGACUUACUAUAAUUCUACAAAUAAUUAUAUAGUGAAUUGGUAGAAUAGAUGUUAAAUUUUCAUUAUUGCAAUAGAUUUCAUUAAGAAAAUGAUUUUAAAAUUGAAGAUGAAGAAGAUAACAGUAUUAAAUUUGAAGAUUAUACUGAAUAGAUUAGAUAAUCAUAUUUAGAAAUGAGAUAAUUAAUAUGGUAAUAAAUUCAAAAGAAAAUUAUUAAAAUAAUUAAUUCUCAUUUAAUCAAUAUUAAAUCACUAGUUAUUGAACAUUUAAUUUAUUUUUUAGGGUAUAAUUGUUUAUUAAUAAAAAGAGCCGAAGAUUUUAGCCACUCAGAUUCAUAAAAGUAAAUUUAUAAAUAAUAUUUAGUUUAACUAAAUGUAUUAUAGAAGUUUAUUUGAGUUUUGUUUAAUAAUUUCAUAAAGCAAAUUUAAAAUCGAUAAGUACAUAUUUAUAAAAUGAAUUAUAUUAAAGAUUACCUUUAACUAAAGAUUCCAAAUUAAUUUAAUAAUUAGAGUAGCUAUAAAAUUUAAAUUAAGUAAAUAAAAAGCUUUUCGAAUAUUUAAAUGAAAAAAGGGAAGAGAAUUAUUAAUAGGAAACAAAGAAAACUAUAGAUUUUUAAGAUUUAAUUAAUAAUGAUAAAGAGAUGCAAUUAUUUUAUUUAUUCGAAUAUUAAAAUCCCUUUGUACUUUAAUAAGAGGAAUUUGAUCUAAUUAUUAAAGCAAUUUGGAUUAAAAAAUAUUCUAAUUAAUCGACAGGGAUUUUAAACUAAAUUGAAUAAGUAUUAUCAUCAUCAAGUAUAAGAAUAUUGGAAUUGGUUCCUUAAUAUGCUCUGCUUUCCUUUUAUCAUCCUUCUUGUCAAUAGUAAAUAAUAUCCAGUUUUCUUUAAUUGCUUGAACUUUAUAUGUUUAUUUCAUAUAAUUAAUUGGUAGGAAUGACUUAGUAAAAAUAACUUUUGGAAAACUUUUCUUAAGUAAUCAAAUUUGAUGAAAGUAAAGAAAUAGAAUUCUUUAUCUUAACUUAUGAUUAACUUAGUGACUGUUUAGUUCUUUAAGAACGUUUUUGUUAUUUUAAAAGGUUUAUUUUAAAAUUUUGUAAAGAAGGAAUAGAUUUUAAAGAGAUAGAUAUAUUUUAGACAAAAGAAAAAAGGUAAUUUGUUGAUAUUGCUGAAAGAGCCAUAGCUUCGGAAUCAUUAGCAUAUUUACUUUCUAUAUCUAAAUCUGUAUUUUCUCUUAUUGAUAUAACAUCCUAAAACUUUGAAAUUUUUAAGGAAGUUUAUAACUAAUAUAAAGAAUUUAUUUAUAGAAAUUUUGUAUAAACUUAUAUUAAAAUUGAUGGAAUUGUAUAAUACGUACCUUAAUAAAGAUGGGAAUUAAAAGAUCUUCAUAAUGAAAAUAAUAAUAUUUAUUUGGAUAGAUUAAUUUAAUUUAUUCUUGAUUAAAAAGAAAGAUUAAAAAGUAUAGGUGGUGGGGUUAUACCAUUAAAUGCUUAAAAAGAUGUAUUUUCUUUUUUAGCAGAACAUUGUUUAAAUGUUUUAUUGGAAACAUAUGGAAAAAUUAAAAAAGUUUCUAAUUUUAUUUUAUUUUAGUUAAAUUCAAUUGGAAGAGAUUAAAUGGUUUUCGAAUAUACUACUUGUUGUUAAUCAAUUGAAUCAAGCUAAAAAAAUGUUAAAGAAGUUGUACUUAAUCCAAAAAUUACAUUAAUGUAAUUAGAAUACUUAAAAAUUUUUAAUUCCCAAUAAUAUGAAGAAAUCGAUCAGUAUAUACAAAAAUCAAAAGUAAAUAAGGUUAAAUAUAUAUUUAUAGACUUAAAUUCCAUUAAGAUUGCUGUAUAAUUUGAUGAGCUCAAGUUCAAGUUAUAAUAAAUUAUCAAAGUAAUAAAAAAAGGAUAUUUCAGUUAAGUUUUUCAAAGAUUAUUAUGACACAUUUAAAUUAUUUUGA